AUGAAGUCUGAGCUGAAACAAAACACGGAGCCGCUGAAGUUACACUCGGGGCAUGAACUAAAAAAUGGAGACUUGGUGAACCCGAGAGCGGUUUGUAACGUGUGUAAACGCUUGUACCGGGACCCUAAAAUCCUCCCCUGCCUGCACACCUUCUGCUCGGACUGUAUCGGCCAGCUGGAGCCGUUCUCGGUGUCCUCGCGCAGCGGGGGGGAGGCGGCGGAGGAGGACCGACCCGCCGUCACUGUCACGGUGCUCUGCCCGGACUGCGACUCCGAGGUGGAUAUCCCUCCGUCUGGACCGGCAGGGCUGAGCACAGACCACCUGGCGCUGGAUGAGGUCUUCCUGGAGACCCUGGUGACGGACGGCCCGCUGGGGUGCGACCUGUGCGGCGAAGGAGGCGCCGAGAGCCGCUGCGAAGUUUGCUGCGUCAACCUGUGCGAGUUCUGCUGCCAGGCGCACAGGCGGCAGAAGCGAACAGCGUCUCACUCCGUUCAGUGUCUGGAGGAGCUGAAGUCUCGUGGUCGUCUGAGUCGCCCCGUCCUCUGCUCCCUCCAUCCCGGCCAAGAGCUUCGUCUCUUCUGUCAGCCCUGCGACCUGCCCGUCUGCCUGGAGUGUGCCGCCACGCUGCACCGCGACCACCGCUGCUGCCCCACACAUGAUGUUAUCGAUCGCCAUGGAGACCGCAUCCGGGAGCUGGUCUCGGCGCGCCUGCGACCUCGUAUGGACCGUCUGAAGGAGUCACUACAGAAGGUGGAAGCAUCCCAGGACGCUUUGCAGGCACGAGUAGAUGCAACAGCGAGCGAGGUGAGGGCGUUUGCUCGAGCUUACGCCAGCGCUGUGGAAUCCCACUGCCUGUCUCUGCUGCACGGCCUGGAGGAGCUCCGUGUCCAACGCAGGAACCAGCUCUACCUGCAGAGGGCGCAGCUGCAGCAGGCUCUGUUGGACGUCAGCGGCGGUGUGGAGUUUGCGGAGAGACUGCUAAGCUGCGGCUCAGACGCAGAGAUCCUCAGCGCUAAAGGAGUGACUCUGAGAAGACUGACCAGCCUGGUGGAGAGCAGCUACGACCCCCACCCAGCAACCGUCGCCCUGGAUGACGGCAGCGGCAUCAGCUUCCUGCCCAGGGAACCAGCAGGGGUGGUGGACGGCUACCCGGUGGUUGGGGUGAUCAACUCUAGGACAGUGGACCUCAGCAAGUGCACCAUAGAAGGGGAAGGUCUGCAGACGGGCAGGGAGGGUCAGCAGGGCCACUUCACGCUGCUGUGCCGAGACGCAGCCGGGGAGCAGGUGGCGCGAGGUGGAGAGCACGUCCUGGUCAGCAUCGUUCACAAGGAGAAGAAAAAGUGCACAGUGGAGACGACGGUGGUUGACAACAACGAUGGUUCUUACCGAGUUUCAUACACACCUGAAGAGCCAGGAACCUACUCAGUGUGGGUUUGUGUCAAAGCUCAACACGUCAAGGGUUCUCCGUUUCUUCUGAAUGUGAAAAGGAAGUUCAGGCGUCACAGCGGGACGUUUCACUGCUGCUCUUUCUGCUCCAGCGGAGGUGCCAAAGAGGCUCGCUGUGGCUGCGCAGGAACCAUGCCAGGAGGAUUUAAAGGUUGCGGUCACGGUCAUAAAGGACAUCCUGGGAAGCCCCACUGGUCCUGUUGCGGCAGCACGGUGGAGCAGUCAGAGUGUUUGCCACAGAGCGUGUUGGCGGCAGUUUCCCCGCGCGGCCACCUGCGGACCGUGGAGCUCUGAGGUGACGAGACCUGUCCACGUGAUGCAAGUUAAUAACGGAUGGCGGCAACCAGAAGGUUAGAGCAGCUGGGAGGUGAGCUUUUUGGUGUAAAUCUUAAAAAAGGUCAGAAAAAGUGAAACUCCGAAGACACAGCGACGGAGGCAGGACUUCAAAGUCGCUGUGUCUGGAGAGCGAUCAUCUCCGCCAGACGCAGAGUAGCCGGCUCACCACUAGAGACAAACACCAAAGCUACGAAUCCGAAUCUGUUGUAAAGUGCCUUUUGUUUCUAAGCUCUUCUGAUCUGUGACAAGACAGAGGAUGAAAUGCAGAAAUCACAGCAGCCUCAAUCAAAUGUGUUAAAGUCCCACUGAUGGGAACCUUAAAGAAGACUUUUCUUCCCCCGGCUAAUAAUAAAAACAGAUUGUAUUUUUUUAACCUUGAAGCUGCUGCCAAUUUUCCUGAAUUCGGUGUUUGAUAUCUAAAUGGUAAAACUCAUUUAAAUAGAAAUGCAGAGAAUCACCUCACAGGUGAACUUGAAUAGUUUCAUAUUUUUUAUACACUUCUGUCAAGAAAAUAUCUCCUGAAAUACGGUGCCUCAAAAACAACUGUGAUCCUGAAAAAUAUGAAGAAUCAUCAAUAAGCACAGUGAAAAAUCCAAGAUUAAAGCCAGCCUGGACCGUUAAAAGUUCUAUCUAUUCUCUAUUUUAUCAAAGUGUAUGCCAUAUGCUUAAACACAGACAAAAUUAUCGAAAAACAAAGAAGAAAAGCUCAUAAAACGCACCAGCGUAGCACUUGUGAAUGGAACAUAGCUUCUUAUUGAGCUCGCUGGCGUGGGUGAUAAACUAAAUAUUACUGGGACAAACCUACAACAAACUCGGACUUUCUUGACUUUAAAAAAUUGUCUUGAAUUGAUAAACCUUGUACAUAGUUUUUCCUAAAAUAAGGUUGAAUAGGGGACACCAGAAGUGGAGGGACUUCGCCUUUCAGUGAAAGAACUAACAACAUGUACUUACUUUUUUAUUUGUAAGUAAUAUUUACCAAAUAAUAAGUAGCGACCCACAUAACAGGGCCAUUUAUCAAUAAAUAAAAGCUAAAUAUUUACCCCACCUUUUAUGAUUUUAUUAGGUAGGUAGGUAUUUUGAACAUGUAAAGCAAACAAACAGAAAAAGAUAAAAAUUAAACAAAAUAACAAAGACAAGGAUGAUAACCUUUACAAAAGACUUAAUGAACAGCUUUAAAUAAGUAACAAGAAAUUGCAUCUUACAUGUUCAAAAAGGAGUAGGAGCAAGUAUAAAAUUAUUUCCUGCCCCUUCUCAGCUGAUCAGUUACUUAAUUUGUGAACUUAAUCUCUCAGACUCACAUACAUACAAAGAUAAACAUGCAUUUAUACAUACAUGCACAUAUAUAUGUCCCACUGAAUUCACACAU